AUGUUAACGGCUCUUCUAAUCGAAGCGACGCGACUGGCUGGGGUAAGAGCUGUUAUCUCGCAGGGCUGGGGACAACUGGGCAGUGAAGACAUACCAAUUCCUUCAAAUGUCUAUAUUAUAGGGAAUUGUCCCCAUGAUUGGAUUUUCAAGAAAGUUUCUUGUGUUGUUCACCACGGCGGUGCCGGAACCACUGCUGCUGCCAUGGCUGCUGGAAAGCCAUCUGUUGUCGUUCCCUUUUUUGGAGAUCAGACCUUUUGGGGUAAAAUGGUGGCUAAAGCGGAGAUAGGUCCUGAGCCUAUACCGUUCCGACAGUUGACUGCUGCCAACCUUGCGACAGCCAUUCGGAAAGCCCUUGAACCAACAAUCGUUGAAAGAGCGAGAGUAGCUGGGACGCAAAUCGACCGAGAGAACGGCAUUGAUGCCGGAGUCGCUUCCUUUCAUGACCAACUCCUACAAUCCCGGUUGAACUGUUCUAUUGCUAAUAGUCAAGCCGCGGUUUGGAAAAUUCAAAAAACCGACAUCCGCCUGAGCUCCGGUGCGGCGGCAAUCUUGAUGGACAGAGACUUACUUGACCUGGAAAAGCUCGAACUGUACAUCUAUCUUGCCCUGUCGCGGUUGCACUGUACCUAG